GAAGUUUAGGAGCUUGUAAGAAAGUCAAAAAAAUUUAAUUUUAAAAACAUUUGUCACUUUAAAACUCAAAAAUCAUGUAUGGACAGCAACCAAUCCUUGUGCUAAGCCAAAACACAAAGCGUGAAUCAGGCAGAAAAGUUCAACUGGAAAACAUUAAUGCUGGAAAGGCAAUCGCUGAUUUAAUUCGAACAUGUCUUGGACCACAAGCUAUGUUAAAAAUGUUGAUGGAUCCUAUGGGUGGAAUUGUCAUGACAAAUGAUGGAAAUGCAAUUUUGAGAGAAAUCACUGUUCAACAUCCAGCGGCAAAAAGUAUGAUUGAAAUUGCUCGAACUCAAGAUGAAGAAGUUGGUGAUGGAACUACAUCAGUUAUUGUUCUUGCUGGCGAAAUGUUGGCUGUUUCAGAACCAUUCUUACAGCAACAAAUUCAUCCAACUGUAAUCAUUCGUGCAUAUCGAGAAGCUUUAGAAGACAUGAUUCAAGUUAUGCAGAAUGAUGUUAGUAUUACAUUGGAUAAGAAUGAUCGAGCAAAGAUGGCUGAUGUCGUUAAAGCUUGCGUAGGAACUAAAUUUAUGGCACGUUGGUCUGAUUUGGCUGUAAAUAUUGCUCUUGAUGCCGUUUCAACAGUUGCACUCGAAGAAAAUGGUCGUACAGAGAUUGACAUCAAGAAAUAUGCUAAAGUUGAAAAGAUUCCUGGCGGUUCUAUUGAUGAUUGUACCGUUUUACGUGGUGUGAUGCUGAAUAAGGAUGUAACUCAUCCAAAAAUGCGUCGUCGAAUUGAAAAUCCUCGUAUUGUCUUACUCGAUUGUUCAUUAGAGUAUAAGAAGGGUGAAAGUCAAACAAAUGUUGAGAUUUCUGGUGAAACUGACUUCACCAAGCUCCUUCAGAUCGAAGAAGAAUAUGUCAAGCGUAUUUGUGAUGACAUUAUUGCUAUUAAACCAGAUUUAGUAUUUACUGAAAAGGGCGUUUCUGAUUUAGCUCAACAUUAUUUGGUAAAUGCUGGAAUUACAGCUAUUCGUCGUCUGAGAAAAACUGACAAUUUACGUGUUGCUAGAGCUUGUGGUGCUACAAUUGUUAAUCGUACAGAAGAAUUGUCCGAAAGAGACGUUGGAACUGGAGCUGGAUUGUUUGAGAUUAGAAAAAUGGGAGAUGAAUACUUUACAUUCAUUACAGAAUGCAAAGAUCCAAAGGCAUGCACAAUCUUAUUGAGAGGUGCAAGUAAAGACAUUCUCAAUGAAACGGAAAGAAAUCUUCAAGAUGCUUUACAUGUUGCACGUAAUUUAAUGCUUGAACCAAAACUUGUUCCUGGUGGUGGUGCUGUAGAAAUGGCAAUUUCACAAGCCUUAACUAGAAAGCAAAUUCAAGGACCUUAUCGUGCUGUUGCACAAGCUUUAGAAAUUAUUCCAAGAACAUUAGCUCAAAAUUGCGGUGCUAAUACAAUUCGUACUUUGACAGCACUACGUGCGAAACAUGCUUCACAUUCAGGUGAUGGUCCAUGUACAUGGGGAAUUAAUGGAGUUACUGGAGAAAUUGUUGACAUGAAGGUUGAAGGCGUUUGGGAGCCACUGUCUGUGAAAAUGCAAGUCUAUAAGACAGCUGUUGAAACUGCAAUUUUACUUCUUCGUAUUGAUGACAUUGUUUCUGGAUCAAAGAAGAGGGGAGAUGGUGUAACCGGUCCAGGCGCAGCAGCUGCUGGACAAGAAUAAAUUUGAUGGUCUCAAAUCGCAUUAUUAUUAAUUAUUUCUCUUAAUUUUGCAUAUUCUUACAAUUUUUUUUUUUGAUUUCUUUCUUGCUAAUAAUAAGUAAUAAUAUUCAUCAUAAAUCUAUCAAAUUUUUGCAUCUAUAAACACUCACACACACAUUUUCUCCCAAUCGAUCAAAAGAUUGUAUCUUAUAUUUUAACACCAGC